CCCCCGUCUCGAGCCGGUCGAGGCGGACCCCCGCUCGUGGCCAAAGGUGCUCCCCCGAGCAGGCCACGUGCUUUACACUUUUGCUCCAUCCUCCCUCCCUAUCGGUCUCUCUUAGCCCCAACUCCCGUGGCCGCGCGCGAUGGCCACAGAGGAUGAGAGGAGCAAGCGGCUCAAGGCUGAGGACGCAGACGCACAGAUGCGCGCAUACGUCGACAAAGCCAAGACCGAGCUGCUGGCCGCCGUCGCCACCGUCUCGGACAAGGUCGGAUCAUCGUUCGAGUCCCUCGCCACCCGCAUGGAGGAGAGAUGCAGCGGCCUCCAGGGACAAAUCGACGGACAUGACAAGAGAGUCAAGACGCUGGAGGACCAGGUCAAGGCCCUGCAAUCGAUUCUUGGCAUCAUGCAAAAGGAAACUCCUCAGCCUCCUCCUGCUGAUCCUGCUUUUGAUCGAAUGGUCGACACCACCAUCCUCAUCGCCCGAGCCAAGCAGCUGGUGGCAAAGGACGCCAUGGAACGAGCACUUCAGCCCUGGUUCGA